GACGCGCGGUUCGUCCAAUGAGCUUCCUCAAACCUAUCCGUUUGACCAAUCCCAGCGCGGGAGGAGGCGGGACAACGAGCCCACGGCGGGCGCAUGCCGAUGGCGUCAUCACAGCGCGGCGGCGGUGUUUUGUUUAUUAGAAGGAAGCAGGAGAUACAUUGGUGUAAAUCGACCUGAGCUGUUUUUUCCCCCCCCAUGAAGUCGUGUUGCUGCUGAAGUGCCUUCAGUUUGAGCUGAUUGAGUCUUUAUUUAGGUGCUGAGUCAGCGCUGUUAGAGGAUGCUGUGUGUUGGUGGAUAUGAUCAGGAUGUACAAGGUUAUUUAUAAACAUUCAUUAAAGAUCAGGAGCUGCAGUGACACAAGGAUCAGACAUGGUCCUGACGUUGGUGCACCUAUGCGCGCGGGAGGUGGUGAGUGAUCACGGGUUAUCGUCUGCCUGGUUGAGCUGUAUGCCGCGCGAACUCUACAGGCCGCUGCUAGACGCCGCUUUCGCUCACUGUCGCCCUCUGGCUAUUGGAGAGCUGGUGCAGCGCUGGCCUGAGCGGAUCCUCAGCGUUGGGGGACGGAGGAAACGCGAUCAUGGCGCGCCUAAUCGUCUGUGUGUUCAGGCCCUGCUGCUCGCUGUGGUCAGAGGCUUGACGGAUAAAAGGUGUUGUCUGCAGGUGCUGGAUCUCUGCGGGCUGCAGUGUGAGGACAGUCGUGUGGAGGACGCAAUGGGCGGCUGGUCCCUCACCGUGGCCUUGUGCUCCACGGUGGUGCAGGCGAGAAACCACACCACUGCCUCCAGUGGGCGCAGAAGAGACGACCGAGAGAAUAUGAAAAGAGAGCGGGAUGGUGCUGUGAAAAGAGACCGAGCCGGACUGAAGAAGGAGGAAGGCGAGAAGGCGACCUGCGGGGAAAUUUCAACACCGGGAGAGGAGAAGGUAAAGGGCGUGAGGAGGAGAAUGGAGCUGCAAAGGAGGGCCGGAGCUCAGCCACAGCAGGUUACUGGCAGAGAGGAUGUUCUGGUGAACGUCAGAGCCGAUCUCUUCGUGAACGCUCGAUCCUGGGAGCGUGUCCGAGGGGCACUCAGCCUGUCCGGCCCCCUGCAGCUUCACUGCCGCUUCCUUCGUGUAGAGGAGCUUCCUGCAUCCUCCAUCGCCUCGCUGCUUGAACUUCUGUCCCAGGAGGAGCUCCUCGGUCUGGACGUGCGCUACUCGAGCCUGGGCGUGUCGGGGUUGGCGCUGCUGUUGCCCCAGUUAGCGCGGUUUCCUCGACUCGGCUCGCUCCGGCUACACUACUGCAACCUGGACGUGCUGCGUGCUCGGCCCGGCCAGCAGGAGGCGCUGCAGGACGUGUCUCGAGGGCUCGGGGAGCUGAAGAUGCUGCGCAGGCUGAGUCUCACUGCUCUGCGUCUGCCAGGACACCUGCGCCUGCUGCUCAGCUCCCUCUCUGAGCCCCUGGAGGCGCUGGAGCUUCCCUACCUCAGUCUGACCUCCGGUGACAUAGCGUACCUCUCGCGCAGCCCUCACGCAUCGUCCCUCACCGAGCUGGACCUGAGUGAGAACAGGCUAGACGAGUCGUCUCUGCACUCCCUGCGUCAUCUCCUUGCCCGGGCCGAACGCUGCCUGACGCGCCUCUCUCUGUGCGGCUGCGCGCUUUCGGACGGCCCCCUGGGGACGCUGCUUCCCGCGCUGAGUCAGUGCCACUCCCUCCGAAGUCUCCGCUUGGCGCUGAACCCGCUCUCGAGGACAGCGCUUAUGGAGUUGGCGAGGGCCGCCGCAAGCAUCGGCUCCCUGAGGCUCCUCCUCUAUCCUAGCCCCCUGGAGGAGUACGAGCCCGGGCUGCCCCCACUGCCCUCUAGUGCACAGCUCCUUGACUGGCCUCUUAGCGAAGACGCGGAGGUCAAAGAGGUCACUCUGAGGCAACUGGACGAGGUUCUGAAAACCAAAGGGCGCACACGGGACCUCUUAAUGACCUCCGACGUCCUGAAAUACAGCACCGACCUGGCAAUGGACGAUUAAACGAGAGACUAGCAGACCAGUAGAGUUCACAGCAGAAAUGGUUAAUUGGUAGCGAUAAGAAAAAGGUGCAAUGGGUUUCCUAAAGGUCCAAGGUUUUCUGUUUGGGGAAAGAUUUUUAUUUGGAUAACAACCACCAAGGUGGUGUUUCCUUCACCAAGUGUGUUUAGACACUGCCUGGCCAAAACCCCUCAAAAAAGUGACCAUUAAAUUAUUACUUUGCAUGAACCAAAUAAAACAAAUAAGGCGAUUUGAAAUUACUGGACCUGGAACCGUGCCUUUACG